GUAUUGUUCACUGCUGUAAAAAGUAUCGAGGAUCAUGGCUAUGUUAUGGAAACAGGAAUUAAUGGUUUAACAGGAUUUCUCUCAUUUAAGAGCACUAAUUCAAGUAAAUUGUUGCAUUUAGGUCAAGUAGUUCCUUCGUACAUCAAUAAAUUGCCAAAACAGAAAAAUACUGGAAAUGUUAUAACACUGACCCUUCUUAGCUAUGAAGAUACCUUUCCUGUGGUUUCAAACGAAGAUGUUAAAAUUUCAUCUCUUUUGCCAGGUGCUCGUAUUAGUGCUUAUAUUUCUGAGGUUUCUGAAACUUUUUUGUACAUGAAAUGCCUCAAUUUUGAAGCUUGUGCAAGUGUUCUAACUGCUCGCAAGAGUCAGAAAUCAAUUAAAGAAGCUGUUGAAGUUUUUGGAACAGUACUGUAUGUGCAUCCAGUUACAAAUGUAUUGUAUUUACAUUUGGGUUCUUUGCCAACUCCUUCGACUUUUGAUGCCUUUUUUACUGUUGAGAAGUAUGACAAAAUUAAAAAUGCAAAAUUUGUUUGUUUUCAUCAACAAAAAUUAUUCUUCAAAUUUGAAAAGAGCAUGGGUUAUGUAAAGAGUGCUGAUGUUAGUAAUAAAAGUAGCUUUUCACAUGAAUCCUUAAAAAAGAAUCCUGUAGUUCCAAAAGCUCGAGUUGUUUUUCUUCAUUAUAUGGACAAUCUAAUACAACUUACCUUUAAAGAAUCCCUUUUAAAGAUGAAAAUUGUUAAACCUAAAGAUGUAAAAAUUGGACAUAUCUAUGAGACUAUAGUGAAAAAACAUGUUGAAGAUGGGAUGUUUGUCUCAAUAUCCCCUGGUUUGUCAGGAUUUGUACGCUCUAUGUUUCUGUCUGAUUCUUACAUAACUAAACCUGAAAAACUUCAUCCAGUUGAGUCUCAUGUCCUGUGCAGAGGAAUUGUAACCUCGGAAAACAUUCCAGAUACAGCAAUUUUUUACAUAGGGCAGACUGUCAGAUGUGUUGUAAUAUACUGUAAUCCAUUAAAGAAGAAACUGAAACUGUCUUUAAAUCCUGAAAAGCUAGAAGAUCAUGAUUCCAAUAAAAAGGAGAAACUAUCUCUAAAACACACAAAACAAAAGUCUUCUAAGACAGUGACAGAUGGUGAUACAAGUAUACCUGCUUCAAAAGAUUCAAAUAAGAAAAAUCUAAAUGCUGAGUCUUCUACUCAAAACAUAUCUAGCCCUAUUUUUUCUGAGGGGAAAACUUACAAAGCAAUAAUUAAGAAGAUUACAGCACAUCAAUUGAAUAUCAUUGUAAGUGGUAGUGUGAAAGGCCGGAUUCAUAUUACUCGUACUGGGUGUUCCAAGGAAGGCGAAUUUCCUUUCAAGAGCUUUGCUGUUGGACAGCUUCUAAAAGUAUAUGUUUUGAAGUCAUUUGAACGACGCAAGCGAAACUAUUUGGUUAUCAGUCACAGAAACGCAACUUCUUUUCUUGAAUGUUCAUUAAUAAAUCCUUCAAGCAUUCCUUCAGAUAAUCUUUUGAACUCUUCUAAACCUCUCAUAGGAUUUUUAAACAAGGUUUAUGAUACUACUGCCUUAGUUUGGCUUUCUCCUUAUCAGUUGGGCAAAUUAGACUUUGUUAAUAUAUCAGAAAAUCCAAAGAUUCUUCGUAAACUGAAAAAGAAAUUCAAAGUUGGUCAAUCAAUAACUGUUACUGCAUUUAGUCACUUAGCAUCUUCCGAUGAAUGUGAUGAAAUAAAUCUAGCUAGGCCAGAAAUUUCUGUGCCUGAUACAGGAAGAAAUGUUGUUGGCUUACUAACUGUUGGAAGUCCUGAUAGAAAGUUAGUUUUGAAAUUGCCAUACGGUUAUACUGGAUUUGUGCAUCUCACAGAUGUUCAAGAUGUUUACACUGCUCUUAAACCUGUAAUAGAGAAACUUCUUAGGUUCAAAUUUAUUUUGUGCCAUGUUUUAGAGGUGAAUCAUGAUAAAAAAGUCUGUUACCUUUCUUUAAGAAAGUCCAGAUUAUACUGUGAAAAGCUGAAGUCUGUCAAAGAUUUUUCUCCAGAGAUGUGUCCUAAAACAGUAGAGAAAGGCAAGACUGUAAAGGGCUAUAUAAAAUCUGUAUUCAAUUCUCGCAUAGUUGUAAAUAUUGGCCGUAAUGUGUUUGGAAAUGUGGAGUUGCACAAAUGUUCAAAAUAUGGAUGUGUUAAUCACCAUAAAGUUAAUGAGGCUAGAAAAACUUUUGCUAUUGGAAAUGUAGUUGAAGUAGUUAUCAAUGACACUAUCCCUCAGAAUGGUUGUAUUCCACUUUCAUUACCUAAUGUUUCUGAUACAUGCUCUGAAGAUGCUGCUCUUACUCUCAAAGAUGAUAUCAAUUGGAAUGAAUUGCUGUAAAAUAUUUGGUUAAUGAAUAACAUGCUAUCUCUUAAAAAGAGUCAAACUAGAGGAAUUACAGAAAAAGAUUGCAAGUUUUUUUUAUGUACAACAGGGAAAGAAGAAAAAGAAGUUGUACAAUUUUUUUGUAAAUAAUCCAAUGUAUGAACCAAUUCAGUGUAAUUGUCAUCUUUUCCAUGGAAAAUAUCAUUAAUGCAUUUAUUUUUCAUGUAGAAAAAUAAAAUUGAAUUACUCA